CGGAGCUUAUUUACCAAGAAUGAUAAACAGCAAGAUAAGAGAGGACAAGUUGGAAACGCUUGUCUCGCGAAGUGCUGUGCCGAUCAUCGAUCUUGCCCAUUGUGGCAAGUCCCUUGUCCAUCGGGUGGGUCAGCAACUCCACAAGGCUUUCACCGAAAAGGGAAUCGCUUUCCUGGUUAACCAUGGCAUAGCAGAAGACAAGAUCAAAGCUGUCUGGGAUCAAUUUGACAACUUCUUGGAUCUGCCAGCAGAGGUUCAGGAUCGCCACAGACGAAAGGAUGGUGUUAAUUAUGGAUAUGUUAGUCCCGGGAUGGAGCGAUUUGAUGGAAGUACUCCAGAACUGCGUCACGCCUACAAUAUUUGCAAACUGGAUGAACAGAAUAUUCCAAGGGAGGCACUGCCAGAAUUUGCCGAAGACAUUACCACACUGUGCACGGAUUUGAAAGCCAUGUCUUUGUACAUAAUGAAGGCCAUGGAGGUGGCCCUGGAAACUCCGCCGUCCUUCUUCAUCGACAAACACUCCCAGAUGUUGGAAGGAGAUGACCUAAACAUGAGCACCCUCAGGAUGCUCUACUAUCCGGCGAUUGUGGAUGAUGAGCCGGGCCAGAGCGAGGGUGCAAUCCGUUGCGGUGCCCAUGUGGACUAUGGCACCUUCACGCUGCUCGCCCAGGAUUCCGAAGGUGGCUUGGAGGUGCAACUGCCGGGCAGCGAAAAGUGGGAACGGGUAGGUCAUCUACCUGGCGCCAUACUUAUAAACGGCGGGGAACUCCUGUCCAUCUGGACCAAGCAGCGUUACCACGCCCUGCCUCAUCGCGUCGUCAUACCUGAACAAGAACUUAUAAGAACCCGUGGCAGACACUCCAUAGCAUAUUUCUGUCAUCCCAAUAACUCGAUCUUGAUAUCUCCCAACGAUCUGUUGGGUGAAGGGGAGGCAAAGAGUGAGGACAAAGUAUACAGCGCCUAUGAACUGAUACAGAAAAAGUUUAAUGACACCUACGGUCAGCGAUCUCAAUAAGUCAACGAAUCUGGGGCAGAAGUUUAUGAAUGCUCUAGCCAUAUGAAAUCAUUAGCAUUCUUAACCCAAUAAUGUAACUUCAGCAGCAAUAAUGAAAUGUAAUUGUUUGAAUUUAAUAAAUUAUAACAUUUACAUUUGCAA